AGUGAACAAUAACUCUUCGUUUCGGAAAAUCUUGGCUAUUUGUGUUGAAAGCACGCAGAUUAGUUCAGAUUCGGACCAGAUGGGUUCGGAGGACAAGAAGAAGGGCUAUUGGACCCUAUGUGUUUGGGUGCUGGGUCCUCUUAUUGCUAUCUUUGUUGCCAUGGCAGUGUUAUACAAAACUUCUCCCAAUAUGGCUCUUUUUGGAGCUAUCAACGGAGCUUGUCAGUGUGCUCAGGGUACGCACAAGUAUAGUGGCAUAGUGGAGGAUUGUUGUUGUGACUAUGAGACCGUGAACCAUAUUAACGUGGAAGUGUUGCAUCCAUCGCUUCAGGAGCUUGUGAAAACCCCAUUCUUUCGAUAUUUCAAGGUUAAGUUAUGGUGCGACUGUCCUUUUUGGCCUGACGAUGGCAUGUGCCGCUUGCGGGACUGCAGUGUAUGUGAAUGUCCAGAGAAUGAGUUUCCAGAAUUAUUCAAGAAGCCUCGUCGCCUUCCAGCGGAUGACCUUAUUUGUCAAGAAGGAAAACCUCAAGCAGCUGUUGAUCGAACCGUAGAUAGAAGAGCUUUCAGAGGAUGGACAGUAACUGACAAUCCCUGGACUAGCGAUGAUGAGACUGACAAUGAUGAAUUGACUUAUGUGAACCUUCAACUAAAUCCUGAAAGAUAUACUGGUUACAGUGGUCCGUCUGCAAGAAGGAUAUGGGAUGCUAUCUAUUCUGAGAACUGCCCUAAAUAUCCAUCCGAAGAGUCAUGCCAGGAGGAAAAAAUUUUGUAUAAAUUGAUAUCUGGUCUUCACUCCUCCAUAUCAAUUCAUAUAGCUGCUGAUUAUCUACUUGAUGAAGCGACAAACUUGUGGGGUCAGAAUCUUACUCUAAUGUAUGAUCGAGUCUUAAAGUACCCAGAUCGUGUCAGAAAUGUGUACUUCACCUUCCUUUUUGUCCUGCGAGCAGUAACCAAAGCUGGGGAGUAUCUAGAACAGGCAGAAUACGAUACAGGUAACCCUAUUGAGGACCUUAAGACACAAUCCUUGAUGAGACAGAUGCUUUACAACCCCAAACUUCAAGCAGCAUGUCCAGUUCCAUUUGAUGAAGCUAAGCUGUGGAAAGGCCAAAGUGGUCCAGAGCUGAAACAGAAAAUUCAGCAGCAGUUCAGAAAUAUUAGUGCAAUAAUGGAUUGCGUGGGAUGUGAGAAAUGUCGAUUGUGGGGUAAACUUCAGGUUCUUGGUCUUGGGACGGCACUAAAAAUUCUCUUUACUGUUGAUGGUCAAGAAAAUGGGGAUCAAACACUACAGUUGCAAAGAAAUGAAGUAAUUGCCUUGAUGAAUCUCCUUAACCGGCUGUCUGAAUCAGUCAAAUUUGUUCAUGAAAUGGGACCCGCAGCUGAAAGAAUUGUUGAAGGGCAUGUUUCUACUCAUAGUUUGAUCAGCUCAUGGAACAAAAUUUGGUCAUCUAUAGUCAAAGCUUAGGCACGUUUUGUUGAGCCCUGUCAUACUGUACACAUUACAACCAACACAAGGAAGGCUUCAGAAGCCAGAGGCCAUUGUCUUAGUUGGGAAAUUUUACAAGGACAUGAUAGUUGUGUAUAUUGACUAAUUGUAUGUGGCAAGUUUGAAAAUUUUGAACACAGGCAAAGAAACGCAUUACCAUGAUACACCUUCUUUUAUGAGCACAUAGAAUGAGAGAAUAACAAAUUUACAUCAAGAUUAUUGUUCAGAACACUGCCAUCUUCGGAUCUAUUUUAAAUAUAAGUGUUUUGACUUUUAA